AUGGAUAAGGUGGAGCCCGACUCCAAGUCCAAAGGCGCGGCGAGUGUGCAUUCGACGCCGAGUUUCAACAAUGGUCUUCCAAAUGAAGAAGAGCUCGUGCCCACGCUGCUCAAAGGCUCUAUCGACCCGGUGUACGAGGGCAAGGCGCAGGUAUUGAACAGCGCGAUCCAGGACAUUGGUAUGGGACGGUAUCAGUGGCAGCUGUUCGUCGUCGUCGGAGGGUUCGGUUGGGCGAGUGAUAAUCUCUGGCCCAUUGUCACAUCCCUGAUCCUCCCUGCGAUAAAAAGCGAGUUCUCGCCCUCGGAACCGCCGCUCCUCUCGUUGUCACAGAAUAUUGGGCUGCUGGUGGGUGCUAUAUUUUGGGGCUUCGGAUGCGACCUCUUCGGCCGCCGAUGGGCAUUCAACCUUACAAUCGGCAUUACCUCUGUCUUCGGCCUCAUCGCAGCCGGAUCGCCCAAUUUUGCUGCAAUUGGCUGCUUUGCGGCUCUAUGGAGUGUCGGCGUCGGCGGUAACCUGCCGGUUGACUCUGCCAUCUUUCUCGAAUUUCUACCAGGGUCCCAUCAGUAUCUUCUUACAGUUCUCUCGGUCUUCUGGGCUUUUGCCCAGCUCUUGGCGAAUCUUAUCGCAUGGCCUUUGCUUGGAUAUCAUACCUGUCAAGAGAAGGCGACAACGUGCACGAGAUCUGAGAAUUUCGGAUGGAGAUGGUUUAUGAUUGCAAUGGGGCUUCUCGCCAUGAUCAUGUUCUGCUGUCGGUUCUUUCUCUUUACGCUUUACGAAUCGCCAAAGUACCUGAUGGGCCGCGGGAAGGAUGAGGAAGCCGUCCGUGUUGUGCACGAGGUGGCAAGGAUUAACGGCAAGACGACGAACCUGACGUUGGCGGAUCUGGAGGUGUUCAAUCAGACAGGCCAACAAGGAGUAGACGCAAGCGCUGCCUUGAAGCGUAAGCUUGAAAAGGUCAAUUUCACACACCUACGCGCGCUGUUCGCAAGCCCAAAAUUAGCAUGGUCGACAUCAUUGAUCAUACUUAUUUGGGCUUUCAUUGGUCUUGGGUUCCCGCUCUACAACGCUUUCCUUCCCUAUAUUCAGGCAACGCGUGGAGCAAAAUUCGGCGAUGGUUCCACGUACAUCACCUACCGCAACUCCACUAUCAUCGCCGUUCUUGGUAUCCCAGGGGCUCUGAUCGGCGGUGCGCUGGUCGAAAUUCCUCGAUUCGGUCGAAAAGGUGCCUUGGCCAUGUCGACAGCGUUGACAGGCGUAUUCCUGUACUGCUCCACCACUGCUGUAACCUCCAACGCCUUGUUGGGCUGGAACUGUGCCUACAACUUCAUGAGUAACAUCAUGUAUGCCGUACUUUAUGCGUAUACCCCGGAAAUCUUCGCAACCAAAGACCGAGGGACUGGGAAUGCUUCGACGGCGACUGCGAACAGAGUGUUCGGAAUCAUGGCUCCGAUCAUCGCGAUCUAUGCCAACCUUGAAACCAGUGCGCCUGUCUAUGUUUCGGGGGCGCUGUUUAUCGCUGCUGGACUACUCACGGUCCUACUACCUUUCGAGCCGAGGGGAAAGGCGAGUUUAUGA